AUGGAACUCCUCAAGUUGGCCCCUUCGGGGUUCCCAACUCACACCACUUUGAAGGCCGCAUUCGUUCACCUCGACGCGAAGUUCACCAUCUUCUGCCCCAAGAAGACCAGAGGGCGAGCAGCCGACUCGGCAAACGCAUCAGACGUGUGGCGCGUGAUGUGCAAGGACGUCUACAACAUGCAGAAGUCUGGCGUGUGCGGCCCCGAGAUGAUUGAGCUCGUCGACCUUGUCAAGUUGCGCGACCCGCCCCCGACGGGCCAGCCGACGCUGCUGUCCGACGCGGAUCCGCCAAUCGUUUCUGCCACGCCAGAGUUUGCGGAAUUCUCAGGUUCUGAGCCCGACGAGACGAUGGAGAUUUCCGAUAGCGACGUCGAGGUCCUGAAUGUCAGUUGCCGUUGCCCUGACUGCCGAGCAGGCGCGCCCAGCGCAGCGAUUGGAGGGCAGCGUCGCGAGACCGAGAUCCCAGAGACGACGGUGCAGAAAGAGGCACCAAGGCGCAGGCUCAAAGGCAAGCAGUUUCCGCCGCGCAGAGGGAAGGCCAGGCGUAUCUUUGCGAAGAGCGCCGCGAGGACCGAGGGGACUUUUACGAAGUGGUUCUGGCCCAUCACGAUGACGAAGAGGGCGCCCGAACCACCUCGUAUGAUCGGCGAGGCCUACCUCCAGCACGGCACCUCCGAUCCCAAGAAGAAGAGGAGUUUCGUCGUCGGGUUGAGCAGCAACAGGCACGCCAAGUACAUCGAGAUCAUUACUGAGCUCAAAUGCCUCAUCGAGGCCAAUGGCAUCACGAACCCCAGCGACGCGAAGCAGUGGGUGCAGGGCCAG